CUAGCGCCAUUAACAACAAACACGGUGGCUAGAAGUUACCAUGGCGAUGGCUGUCGCUUAGCAACGGCUUGGUUUCGUUUCUCACGCACCCUGAGUACACUUGAGCGGCGUGCGCCGUGCAUUAUGUCGGAAUCGGAAGGACUCUGGCAAGAUCGAGAUAUCAGGUUCGAUAUCUCAAACCAAGACCUCCAAUACGGUGCUGGAGAAGAACAGGUCGACAGGCUUCCGAAUGUGGAAGACACCAAAGGAAACAGCGGAGAUAAAGGAACAUUGUAUGUCACCAACCUACGGAUUAUCUGGCAAUCUCUUGCUAGGCCAAGAGUAAACUUGUCUGUGGGAUUCAACUGUGUGACCGGAAUAUCAACGCGAACCGUGAACUCUAAAUUAUGCGGAAUCGCCGAAGCGCUUUACAUCAUGACUAAGUCCAACAGCACCCGUUACGAAUUCAUAUUUACCAACCUGAGCCAGAUCAUGGAGCAACCGCGUCUUAUAGCAUCUGUCCUCAACACAUUCAAGGCGUACAGUGCCACCAAGCUGUACCGCGACUUGCACCUGCGCGCCGCUCUACUGCACAACCGUCAGCUGCGACUCCUACCCAUGGAGCAGCUGUGCAGCCAGGUGAAUGGUGUCUGGAACCUGUCCAGUGACCAGGGUAACCUGGGGACCAUGCACGUUACCAACGUGCGCAUUGUCUGGCACGCCAACAUGAACGAAUCUUUCAACAUAAGCUUGCCCUACCUGCAAGUGGCCGCCAUCAAAACACGGGAAUCAAAGUUUGGAACAGCGCUUGUCAUCGAGACAACAGACAGGAGUGGUGGCUAUGUGCUUGGGUUCAAAGUGGACCCUGUGGAGCGACUGCAGCACAUCUACAAAGAGCUGUCUAGCCUCCUGAAAGUACACAAGGUUAAGCCAAUCAUGGGAGUGGACGUCUUCAUGCAGAAGCAGACGGCAGACGAGGAGGCCGCGACCCAAGACACAGGUCCUGAAAUGCAAGACGAGCCCGAGGUGAACAGCGCAGAUGGAACUAAUUAUGACGCCUUUGCUGCCUACCUGGCAGACGGUGGUCACAAUCGUGACCGUGAGGUUGUGCUGAGCCCCGAGCUAGGUCUUGCUGUGGAAAAAUUACCCGAAGGUUUCACACUCGCUAGCCUCUGGGAAGUGCUGCCACCCUCGUCCUGAGCCUACCAGUCACUCAAGGCCAAUGGGAAAGGCAGAAGUCAACAGUUAUCACAACACUACUUCUCGAUUUUGUCCAAAUAAACAGCAUCUCACUUU